AUGAAAAGCAACGCCCGGCUCUGGUGCCCUGUCCAGAAGGCACCUACGAGAUCACCCGGAAGACUCGGCGUUAGUGCCAGGCCUGCCGCCUGCCGCCUGCGCAAGUUCCUGGAGUGCGGCUGAAGGAAAGACAUGAUCAUGUCUGACAUGGCUGUGGAGCAGAAGCGGGCCUUGAUCAGGAGGAAGAAGAGAGAACAGAUUGGGACUCAGCCCCCUGGAGGCAAGGCUCUGACUGAAGAGCAGCAGACGAUGAUCAGGGAGUUGAUAACCGCUCAGGUGAAAACCUCUGAUGGCAUCUUCACGCAUUUCAAGAAUUUCCGGCUGCCAGAGGUGCUUAGCAGUGCCCACGAGAUUCGAGAUUCGGAGUCUCUGCAGACUCAGUCAAAUGAAGAAGCUGCCAAGUGGUGCAAGGUUAGGGAGGAUCGACGUUCAGUGAAGGCCUCCCUGCAGCCGGGGGAAGACGGCAGCGUCUGGAACUACAAGCCCGCAGCCGACAAUAGUGGGAAAGAGAUCUCUUCCCUGUUGCCCCACAUGGCUGACACGGCAACCUACAUGUUCAAAGGCAUCAUCAGCUUUGCCAAAGUCAUUUCCUAUUUCAGGGACCUGCCCGUCGAGGACCAGAUCUCCCUGCUGAAGGCGGCCGCCUUUGAGCUGUGCCAGCUGAGAUUCAACACGGUGUUCAACGCGUAGACCAGGACCUGGGAGCGUGGUCAGCUGUCCUACUGCUUGGAAAACCCUACAGGUGGCUUCCAGCAGCUUCUACUGGAGCCCGUAUUGAAAUUCCACCACAUGCUGAAGAAACUGCAGCUGCCUAAGGAGGAGUAUGCGCUGAUGCAGGCCAGCUCCCUUUUCUCUCCAGACCGCCCGGGUGUGGGGCAGUGCCGCUCGCUGGACCAGCUGCAGGAGUGGUUCGCCAUUACCCUGAAGACCUACAUCAAGUGCAACCGGCCCCGGCCCGCCCACCGGCGAUUCCUGUUCCUGAAGAUCAUGGCUAUGCUCACCGAGCUCCGCAGCAUCAACGUCCAGCACACCCAGCGGCUGCUGCGUAUCCAGGACAUUCACCCCUGCGCUGCCCCACUCACGCAGAAGUUGUUCAGCAUCGCAAAUGGCUGA